CAGUCAUUGAGCUACGAGUCCCUGCAGAUGAUCUGGUGGAAAUGUUACGAAGACAGGUACAACGUUCUCAGCCAAUCUGAGAGCAAGCAAGUAGGUAGCUAACCUAGUACUGGCUACAAUUAGAAGGCGUGGAUUUGAAGCACACAUGGAAGACCUAUUUAAAAACAAUCUCGGUAAAAUGCACCCUGAAUAUUAGUUAAAUAUCGAAUAGGUAUUCUCUCUAGCUUUAUUCCUACCACCAACAUUACAAAACCACGACCGACGACAUCAUCUGCUAGCUGGUAUUGCUAGCAGCCAUAUAGCUAACAUAUUGCUAGCCAACGUACACUGAAAUCGAGACUCAUCAGACCGGGCAACAUUCUUCCAGUUUUCAACUGUCCAAUUUUGGUGUUCCCAUUUGUAUUUUCACAGAUGUCCACAAUGAUCACCGAGGUCCUGCAUGCUUUUCCCACACUUUGUCCUGCCUCAUAGUGACUGGAUUGCUGCUGACCAAUUACAAAGGCUGUACAUGUCAAAGUUGCCAUGACUUAAAGAAGUCAUCAAUCAAAAAUGGAGAAAAAGAAAAUGUGCCCCCGUCUGCUGGACUACCUGGUGGUGGUGGGAGCCAGGCAACCCAGCACCGACAGUGGGUCCCAGACCCCCCAACUCCUCCGCCGCUAUCCACUGGAGGACCACCCGGAUUUCCCUCUGCCACCGGAUGUGGUCUUCUUCUGCCAGCCUGAAGGAUGCCAGAGCAUCAGGCAGCGGCGCGUCAGCCUGCGAGAUGAUGCCUCUUUUGUCUUUGCACUAACUGACAAAGACUCAGGCAUCACACGUUAUGGUAUCUGCGUGAACUUCUACCGCUCCUUCCAGCGAGGUGGCCACCACCGCAGCCGUGACAAGAUGGGUAGCAGUGGGACGGUUGCCCAAACGGAGGAAGCGACCAGCGAGAGCUCCGAUGGUAGCAGUGGCGGCCCCGCUGCUUCUACGUUGCCGCCACCUGCUGGUUCUGACAGCGGGGGCACAUCUGUGCCAGGCACGGAGCCAGGACUGCCUGGCGGUGAGCCAAAUGCGGGCAGGUCUAGACACAAACGCAGCUCCGCCAAGGUGGUCAGUCGGAACCGCGACAGCACUCUGACGUCGCUGUGCAUGAUUAGCCACUAUCCCUUCUUCUCCACGUUUAGGGAGUGCCUGUACAUUCUCAAGAGAAUGGUGGACUGCUGCAGCCAGAGGUUGACUCAGCGUGCGGGCCUGGCCCGUGGAACUCAAAGAGACACCAUGUGGCGCGUGUUCACGGGGGCCCUGUCAGUGGAGGAGAAGGGCAGCCAGCUGCUUGCCGAUCUGCGGGAGAUUGAGUCCUGGGUCUACCGCCUCCUGCGAUCCCCGGUUCCCGUGGCGGGCCAGCGGCGUGUGGACGUUGAGGUGCUGCCCAGCGAAAUGCAGCCGGCUCUUACAUUUGCCCUGCCUGACAACUCUCGGUUCUCCAUGGUGGACUUCCCGCUGCACCUUCCGCUGGAGCUGCUGGGUGUUGACGCUUGCCUCAUGGUGCUCAGCUGCAUCCUUCUGGAGCACAAGGUGGUCCUCCAGUCACGGGACUACAAUGCUCUGACCAUGAGUGUCAUGGCGUUUGUAGCCAUGAUCUACCCUCUGGAGUACAUGUUCCCUGUCAUUCCACUGCUGCCCACUUGCAUGGCCUCGGCUGAACAGCUCCUCCUCGCCCCUACCCCUUACAUCAUAGGCGUGCCCGCCAGCUUCUUCCUCUAUAAGUCCGAUUUCAAAAUGCCUGAUGAUGUGUGGCUGGUAGACCUGGAUUGUAAUAAGGUGAAAGCACCCACCAAUGCAGAGCACCUACCCCCUCUUCCUGAGCCUGAAUCCACAGAACUGAAGAAACACCUGAAACAGCUCUUGGAGUGUCUGGUUAGGUUGACCGUGAUCACCCAAAAGCAGAUCUUCUCUUCUGACAAUAAGGCCUUGGCCAGCAUGAGUCUCAACACACAGCCCAUUCUGAACCUGGAGAAGUUCCAAGAGGGCCAGGAAUUACCCCUUCUGCCACCUGGGCGGGAAAAGGCUUCACCCUCCUCAACAGAGUUCAACCCUCUCAUUUAUGGCAAUGACGUGGACUCUGUGGAUGUGGCCACCAGGGUUGCAAUGGUGCGCUUCUUCAAUUCCCCCAAUGUGCUCCAGGGUUUCCAGAUGCACACACGCACACUGCGCCUUUUCCCCCGGCCAGUUGUGGCUUUCCAAGCCACAUCCUUUCUGGCCUCAAGGCCCCGUCGUUCAGCCUUCGCUGACAAGCUGUCACACACCCAGGCAGUAGAGUACUAUGGAGAGUGGGCCCUCAACCCCACUAACCUGGCUUUUCAGAGGAUCCACAACAACGUGUAUGACCCAUCCUUAAUCGGAGACAAGCCGAAGUGGUAUGCUCACCAGUUGCAGCCUGUGUUCUACCGUGUAUACGACAGCAGCUCUAAGCUAGCUGAGGCCAUGAGUGGACCCCUCGAGGAUGAGGCCAAUGAUUCUGACCCCACAGAUGAUAGUUCGGUAAACGGAGACAUAAAAGAAGGAACGGCAUGCGACAGUGAGACUGGCUACGAUGAUUCCAGUUCUUCUUACUCAUCACUUGGAGACUUGGUGAGCGAGAUGAUCAAGUGUGACAUCCAAGGGGACAUAACAAAUCUAGAUCCCCCAACUCAUGCUGCACUGGGAGAUGCCAGUGAAGUGGAGUUCCAGGACUUCCAGGAGUUCAAGGGAGGAGACGAUCCUCUCCCCCAAGACAAGGCUCUGGUUGACGGGGUUGAUGGAGCUCCCGAACCUCCAGAUGGGCAAGCCCUCCGCUCCAGCUCCAGCACAACUGCAAGCUCCAGCCCCAGCACAAUCAUCCAAGGAGUCACCAAUGAGCAGAUGGAGCCAGUUGAAAUUGAGGCAUCGGCCAGUGUAGCGCUCCAGAACCCUGUCCCGGGAUUGGGUGCUCUGCCCUUCUCUAGACCUCCCCCGGACACUGCCUCGGUGGGACCUGCCAAUAAGAAGGGAGAGUACGACAACCCGUAUUUUGAGCCUCAGUAUGGCUUCCCUGCUGAAGAGGACGCUGAUGUAGAAGACCAAGAAGAGACUUACACGCCCCGGUUCAACCAGAAUCUCAAUGGCAACAAACCUCAACGCCCCCUUAGGCCCAGCAGCCUGAAGCUGCCUGGAGAGUCUGAUGGAGAGGGCGACUCCCACAACAGUUCUCCAAACUCUACCAUCUCCAACAACAGCAGCGAUGGCUUUGGGGGCCUCAUGUCCUUUGCUAGUAAUCUGUACAAGAACCAUGGCACAAGCUUCAGCCUCUCCAACCUGGCUGUACCCAACAAGGGGGGGCUGAGGGAGAAGGCAGCCGGGGCCGGGCCCUUCCCCAAUCUCAAAGAAUAUUUAAAUUUUGAUCUAGAGGAAGAAAUUGAAGAAGAUGACAGCCCAGCUAGUACACCCGGUAGCUCGGGUCCAGACAGCCCGGUAUUUGGGCUAAAUUCUCUAAUGGAGAUAAUAACUGAGGCCGGCCCGGGGAGCUCAGAAGGUGGCGUUCGAGGUCCUCCAAGGGCCCUUGUUGAUCAGAAAUCAUCAGUCAUUAAGCACAGUCCCACGGUAAAGAGAGAGUCCCCCUCGCCUCAGGGUCGGGCAAACAACACCAGUGAGAACCAGCAGUUCUUGAAGGAGGUGGUUCAGAGUGUGUUGGAUGGCCAGGGCGUGGGUUGGCUCAACAUGAAGAAGGUGCGCCGCCUACUGGAGAACGAGCAGCUGCGUGUCUUUGUGUUGAGUAAGCUGAAUCGUGCUGUCCAGACGGAAGAGGACGCCAGGCAAGAGGUCAUCCGUGAUGUGGAGAUUAGCAGGAAGGUGUACAAGGGCAUGUUGGACAUACUUAAGUGUACUGUUUCAAGUCUGGAGCACUCAUACACCAAUGCCGGGCUUGGAGGCAUGGCCAGCGUCUUUGUUCUGAUGGAAAUAGCUCGCACCCACUACCAAACCAAAGACCCAGAAAAGCGCAAACGGAGCCCGAGUGAUGCUGCAAGCAGCCCGGGCAGCAAAGAAAGCCCAUCUGCUCGCUUAGAGGGCACCAAGCCCCCUGGCCUUCUGCUGGUGCCGCGUCUCCAACUGCCGCACCCCACCUCGGGGGGCAAAGGCACCCGCCACUUUGACACCCGAAGUCUGAACGAGGAGAAUUUUAUUGCCUCCAUUGAAUUGUGGAGCAGGCACCACGAAAAGGAUAAGCAAAAAGCUAUGGAAAAACAACAGAGAGCGGAGGGGACUAAGAAGCAGCCUCCUGAGGUGACGGAUGCAGAGGAGAAGAAGUCUCGGAUCAGUGCUGACAGUGGCCUCAGCGUCACUUCCGGAUCCCAGAAGAGUGACACAGAGUCUGUGACCAGCUCUGAACCGCCAGUCCUUACCAGAAGCACUAGCCAGGACUCGGAGGCCAGCACACCUCUCACAGUGACUCUUGCCAAAACCAUAAGUAACAGCUCAGGGGAGACACUGGGAGCUGACAGUGACCUGAGCAGCACUGCUGGGGAUGGCUUGGGUGGCAGGCAAGCCCCCCAUCUCAAUCUCUCCAGGGGAACUCUGUCUGACAGUGAGAUUGAGACCAACCCGGCCACCAGUUCAGUGUUUGGUAAGACACACCAGAUGAAGCCGGGUGUAAAGGAGGCCAAGCCAGUGCUCGUCAUGGCUAAGGGGCCACCUGCCCAACCUUUGGAGGACAUCAGCAUGAGGAUUUACCUGUGUGAUGGCCUGUUGGGGCGCGACAAGAGCUCAGUUUGGGACCAGCUGGAGGACGCUGCCAUGGAAACCUUCUCUCUGAGUAAGGAGCGCUCCACUCUUUGGGACCAGGUCCAGUUCUGGGAAGAUGCUUAUUUGGAUGCUGUUAUGUUGGAGAGGGAGGGGAUGGGCAUGGACCAGGGACCUCAGGAGAUGAUUGACAGAUACCUGUCACUCGGGGAGCACGACCGCAAGCGCCUGGAGGACGAUGAGGACCGGCUCCUAGCUACUUUACUGCACAAUAUGAUUGCCUACAUGUUAAUGAUGAAGGUGAACAAGAAUGACAUCAGGAAGAAGGUGAGGCGUCUGAUGGGGAAGUCCCACAUCGGCCUUAGCCACAGCCAAGAGAUCAACGAGUGUUUGGAUAAACUAGCCAACUUGACUGGCCGUGAACUCCCAAUCAGACCAAGCGGAAGCCGUCACAUCAAAAAGCAGACUUUUGUGGUACAUGCUGGGACAGAUACCACCGGGGACAUCUUCUUCAUGGAGGUGUGUGAUGACUGCAUAGUCCUGCGCAGCAACAUUGGCACUGUGUAUGAGCGCUGGUGGUAUGAGAAGCUCAUCAACAUGACCUACUGCCCCAAGACCAAGGUGCUGUGCCUAUGGAGGCGCAAUGGCCAGGAGACCCAACUCAAUAAGUUCUACACCAAGAAGUGUCGAGAAUUGUACUACUGUGUGAAGGACAGCAUGGAAAGAGCCGCUGCACGCCAGCAGAGCAUUAAACCAGGUCCAGAGCUGGGUGGAGAGUUCCCUGUGCAGGAUAUGAAGACAGGCGAGGGGGGACUGCUGCAAGUCACCCUGGAAGGCAUCAACCUCAAAUUCAUGCAUAGCCAGGAGCGGAAGGUUUUCAUAGAGCUGAAUCACAUUAAAAAGUGCAAUACUGUGAAGGGAGUCUUUGUCCUGGAGGAAUUUGUUCCUGAAACUAAAGAAGUGGUGAUCCACAAGUACAAGACUCCCAUGGCACACCAGAUCUGUUACUCCGUCCUCUGCCUUUUCUCCUAUGUGGCUGCGGUUAAGGGGAAGGAAGCAGAAGGCAAGCCCAAACCCCUGUCUCCAAGACCCCUGCCCAGCUAGUGAACAACCCCACCUAAUGUACCCUAACAAACCUGUUUCUGUGCCUCACUCUGAAAAACGCUGAAUAUCCGUCCUACUAUGACUUGUGAGUUCUGACAAUCCCUGACCUACUUAAGCACACAACUCUUUACCUGAUGCAACCUGUACUGUAAGUACAUGCCCAAGAAAUGCCCUCUACGAUUUAUAUGGUGUAUGACUAUAUACAUACAGUAUGUUUAUGAACCCUGGUCUCUGACAUUGUGCAUAUACACCCUUUCUCCCCAAACCUGGUCAUGUCCUCCAGGCCCCUCCCAUACAGACCCAGCCUGAGGUCUCAGCCUAAUGUUUGCUUGUUUAAGGGGAAACUGGGUCUGUCUGAGAGAUAUGUGAGGCACUAGCUUGCAUGCAGGUCCCAUGCACAGCCAUGUGAGUUGAUAAGCGACCAACUUCCCCUUCCACUCUCUCCAGUCUGCCCCGCUCCCUAUGACUGUAUGAUUAAUAUUCUGUGUACAACACGUGAUACUACUGUAAAACUCCAGUCUGUCCAAGUCUAAACCAGUAAAUUCCUAUGUUAAAUGCUACUACUGUAUGGUGCAUCAGAAACACCGCAUGUAAAAGCUUUUUCAAUCCUUCUGAACCCUAAAUACUGUGAGUGUGGUCCAAGAUGCGUGUAACACUUUAGCUUGCUCCAUUAGGCUGAACUACUGUAUUAGUUCUGUAAGAUUUCUCGUCUGUUGUCUUCUAUAUUUAAUUGCAUGUUACUAUGAGCAAAACAUAUUUGAAAAGAUUAGCAAAAUGCUGUACAUUUCACUGUUAGAAUUUUUUUUUUUUUUUACAAAGUGUGGUUUAAUCACUAGAUGUGCAAUACUUUACAUAAUUAGCCAGAGCCAGGUCAUUGGUCUAAUAAAAAUGUCUCCGCUUUUCUGGCUUUCGAAGAGCAAAGAAUGUAAUAAAACAAAAAAAAGCAGGAAAAAGGACUUCAUUGUUAGAUAUAAAUUGAAGUAAAUAAAUAUGAUGCAAAAUAAGUGCAAAAUUACUGUAUUGGAAGUCUUCUCGAGGUGUGUAAACCUACUGCUGUCAUGUUUUAGGUUAGUUUGGGAGGUGUGUUGUCUUCAUGUUGUCUGUAUUGUAGUUAGAAAAAUAAGUCUAAUCAACUGCAUUUCAACCCUGCUGUAAAGCUGUGUUUACACUGCGGUCCAAUUGUGAUCUUUUCUCCACUAAUUGCUCUGUUGCCCUAUCACAUCAGAUCUUUUCACAUCAGAACUUUUUCUGAGCCUGUCUGAUGGGUUAAAAGAAUAAAAAAAAAAUCAGAAUGGGGUGCCUGUGUAAAUGGGGGUUAAAUGUGGGUUUGUGUGUUCGUUCAUGCAGUGUAUUGUUUCACCAGAUCAGCAAUAUUUUAAUUAUACAGCUAUAGCAUAUCGUCAGGAUAUGUUUUCUUGGCUUCAAUUUUUUUGGGAUGAAAUGAGUGUGUAAGGAACAUAUUGUUACAAAUUCAUGAGGCAAUUAUUUUAGUCAUUUGAUUCCUGACAAUAAAAACUUUGGUGUAAAUAAGUAUCUAAAUGAAGUGUCUCCAAAACCAAAUCGAAGACAAUAACAACAUUAGGUAUAGCUUCAUAAGACGAACAUUAAGAAACAGGUGUAUUUGAAACCUAUCAACUCUAUUACUGUAGUAGUUAGAGUGCUGCUGUUAAGAGAAAGGAAGAAUAAAUGAAAUGAUUCUUUGGGUGUAAAUAUUUCAGUGUUGGAAAAAAGUAUUUAUAGAACAUGUACAGCUUUGGCAAUAUCAAAAUAAAAGUUGCCGACUGAAGACCUCC